AUGGUGCGCCGAGGUCAUGCGGGGCUUUGUAGGGUCAUUCGGAGCUUUUUCUACGAAGCCCCGCAUGACCUCGAGUCAAGAUUAAAGUUUUUUAUAGCAUCAGACAGUCGAGUCUGUAGCAAAUGGAAGCCUGCAGAUCCUUGCAGGCCCGGGCAGUGGUACUUCCUCUGCAACUUUUAUACAACUUGCAAGACAGCAAAACUAAUACCAGUCGGCUCUUCAGGAAAAACUCGUGUUCUCACCUGUCGCGUAGCCUAUCUCAUCAAAAACACUGGGAUUGAUCCAAAGGAUCUUGCAGUAGUGACAUUCACUAACAAAGCCGCCAAUGAGAUGAAGAAUCGGCUAUACGUCCUUCUUGGUGCAAAGCUAGCCAAUGAGAUAGUCAUGGGCACUUUCCACGGUGUUUGCGUCAGAUUUUUGCGCCAACACGGCUCCAAAGUUGGCUUGAAGGCGAAUUGGGUGAUUUGCGAUCGCAAACAGCAGCUUGCGUAUUGCAAGCAUGUGCUGAAGGAUCCAAAGGUCAAAGCUCGAAUGGCUGGAUCGGUCCUGCUUAAGUUCACCGAUGAAUCAUUGUUGGACUAUGUCUCCAAGAGAAAAUCGAAAGGCGAAGCCUUUGAGGCAUGCCAAAAGACCAAAAAAGAUCCAUUCACGAAUGAACUCUUCGACGCCUAUAAUUCUGCCCUAAGAGACGAUAAUUGCUUAGACUUCGAUGAUCUACUCACUUACGGGUUCGUUCGACAUCAUAUGUACACAAGGCUUCAUCUACCAGCUCAUAUAGUUGCAUCUUUUGCCUGUAUCAGCGAACGACUGUUUCGGUGCCAUCCUCAAGUCAUAUCUUACAUCAGACAUGUAUUGAUUGACGAGUUUCAAGAUACAAACGUGGUACAGUAUCAGAUGAUGAAACAUAUGGCAUAUCGUGGUGCUGUCACCAUUGUCGGUGACCCUGAUCAAGGUAUAUAUGGUUGGCGUAGUGCCGAAGUCGGAAACUUGAUGAGAAUGAGGGAAGAACUACCGCUCAAGCUCGCUCAUCCUAAAUGCAUCUCUUUCUGUUGUGCAGCAAGGUAUUAUUCUCUGCAUCAGAAAGUGAAGCAUGGAUCAGAUUUUGAUGAAUGCCUCUCCUCUUUAUACACAGAUACUCAGAGGAUUGACAAGAGUCUGUUCACUUCUCAUCCAAAGGUUUCACUUCCAGUCCUGCAAGCGUUUCGUAAACCGCCAGAUGAAUCCGAAUUCAUUGUCCGCGAAAUUCAGCGCCUUAUUGCUCAUACUGGCGGCCAACUGAACUUUAAUGACUUCAGUAUCCUCAUUAGGUAUGGUGCUCUCAGUCGAAAUGUUGAAGCUGCACUCCAAGCUGCUCAUAUUCCAACACGCAUGGUCGGGGGGGUUAAGUUCUUUGAGCGAACUGAGGUUAAAGACAUUAUUGCAUAUUUGCAACUUGCCGACAAUCCCAUGUUUGUACCAGCGUUUGACAGAAUUGCCAAUGUUCCCGCUCGUGCCAUUGGCGCAGUAACUAUUAAAGCCAUAAAAGAAGCAGCUAAAGCUUCGGAAUCAAACCCAAUGGAGAUCAUGAGACGAGUAGUCAGAGGUGACUCUUUCCCUGGCUUAAGUCAAACGCACAGAUCCAAAUUCAAGAAAUUCUUGUGUGUGAUUGGCAAGAUUCAGAGUAUGGCCAGGUCGGGCUCUUCGAUUGUCGAGAUUAUUGACACGCUGAUAGCACAAGUUAACUACGUGGCACAUCUGCAAGCCCCUAGCUUGUCAGAUGCAGAUGAGCGACUCCAGAAUGUCGAAGAGUUGAAGUCGUUUGCUCUCCAUUUGGAAGGUGGAAGCUCACCGUCUAGCUCGCAGCCCACGCAGUCUGGGGAAGACACCGAUACUCUUGAUUGGAAGGUUCUCGGAAACGAUGAUGAAGCAUUGGCUGAUCUUGAGAUAGAACCGCUCAAUUCGGACGAAGAGCCUACGGGUUUACGCAGAUUUUUGACAGAGUCUAUGCUGUCUACCGACACUGAAGCCGAAGAAGGAAAAGCAAACAAAAACGCGCCAAAAGUCACCAUUUCAACGUGCCAUGCCUCGAAGGGUUUAGAAUGGCCGGUUGUAUUUGUCCCUGCUGUGGAAAAUGGUAUAUUCCCUUUUUAUCGGUGCAAAGAUGAAGAAUCUGAAAAGGAGGAACGGCGACUAUUGUUUGUUGCCAUGACUCGGGCGCAAGGUCUUUUGUACUUGAGUCAUUGUGGUCAACGUAUGGCCGGAGCGGAAACCCGAAAUCAAAGUAUCUCUCCUUUUGUUUCGUCACUGACAACCCAAACUACAACUACAAAAUCAAAAUCGUCAAAUAAUGCAGUGUUUACUUCGAAGCGUCCUAUGUUGGAUGAGACUGUGCGGCAGGAACUUUCGGAUGUUCUUAGUCGACCAAUGCCUUCGAAGCAGGAUGUUACUACUGCAAUCGAAAAGUACCAGCGUAUCGCAGGAGUUGAAGCUCAAACUUCAAAUCUCCAGGGCUCGGACAACAGCCAAUCGAAUUAUGCCUUCCAAGACCCAAGUUAUAAUCGCUGGGGCUCCAGUUCGACGAGCUUCAAUGCGGUCGGUCACAAUGGCGUAGGCUCACAAGCCCCGUCAAGCUCGGCUGGAAGAUUUUCGUCCUCUCAGCCUACUCCUACUAUAAAACCAUACGGCUUCAACCGACCAGGAUCGCAAGUGCCACCGGUCGCAGCUGGCAAAUUUGUCUCCACACAACCUAGCUCGGCUAUGCCGGGAUUUUCAUCCGCAGCGGUUUAUACAUCACAUGAAUCGCAGGCUGGAGCUACUUCCAAUAACACCAAACAAUUUGUUCCUGUUCUGAAAGCAUAUGGCUUCAACAGGCCAGGUUCACAGGCUCCUCCAGCGCCAAAAAGUGGUACUUUGGGGGUUUUAUCCGCCACUACCGCUGGUAGCAAAAAUAUCUCGGCACCUUUCAUUCCACAGAUCCCCCGCAAACCACUUGCGCCAUUAACUGAAGCGGUUCAAAAUUUACCUGAAACUCGAUUGAGCCGCGGGGCCCAGGUUAUUCUCGACUUGACUGGUGAUAGCUCAAGUGAUACGGCAGUAGGUAGCACCAAAGUCUCACUGGCUGGCUUUCAAGCUUCCUCCUCGAGCUUCAUGGUCGGUCUCAAACAUACCCUCCCACAAGAUUCGAACUCGGCUGUCGUAAACAAAAAGCAGAAGAAGCCGCCUGUGAAGAAAGUUGCCGGGGGGUCAACGAGUCAAAAGAAGCCAACCAAGAAAGGGAAAGGGAAGUCAAAAGCAUAA